AUGCAAAAAAUUGAAAUCAUCUUUGCAUUUAUCAUGAGUUUUACAAUGAUGGUUGUUGCAACGAACUUAAAUAGUACACAAAAAAAAGCAGGUGUUGACUGGUUUGUUUUAGCUAAAGGUAAUGCAAGAUAUAUUGUAGCUGGCGUUUUUAAGAUUCUAACUCUUGGUGGUUUUGGAAUUUGGUGGUUAGUCGAUGUAAUACGGAUUGGAGUUAAUAAAUUCAAUGAUGGCAACGGUGCUCCGUUGAAGCCUUGGUGA